AUGUUGAAUUCAUUUAAGUCAAGAUAUGGACUUUUUAAUAACCAUAAUAACCUUACAGCAUCCUUAUCCAAAGUUAACCCUAAUGGGAGUACCCGCCUUAGAGACUCAAUUACUGGAGGAAUUGCUACUAUUUUAAAAAUGAAUGGAGAUCUAAUAACCAACUACGGAGUUACAGAUAGGCACUUUUUACAUAUUAUAAUUACAGAUGGAGAGGAUACUAGUUCUAAAAAUUCACUUGAAGAUUUAGGUUAAUUGAUGCGAGUGUUAGGGUAAAAAAUCCCAAAAUAAAUGAUUUCAAAUCAUUUUAUAGGGAUAGAUAUGAAUAGGAAUUCAAAAGAGGCUGCUGAAUUACUUGCUCUUUCGAUUUUAGGAGGGGAUACUUCUUAUUUUCAUUUAGCUUCAAGUUAGAGUAUAAAAGAAAUUUUCAACAGAAUUCAAGCUUAAUGUGGAAUAAUAACUUAAUUUAACUUAUAAGCUCUCUUAACAAAUAAUGCAGGUUUUUUAAGAUAUUAGGAGAGAUAGAGAGGGUUUAUAAAUUUAUCUGUAAAAAAAUUUAUCGUAAUAUUUAAUUUAGACAUAUCCGGUUCUAUGAGUGGACCAAGGUGGAACUAGUUGCGUACAUGCAUUAGUCAAUUUACUCAAAGACUAACAUAAUAAGAUCUUAUCGCUGUAAUAUUAUUUAAUGAUAAAAUUACACCUCUUUAACCUAUGUAUGCAUGA